AUGGACAAACAUCACCAUAGCCAUCCACCGGCAUUUAGGUCGUUCUCAACACACUCGGCUCUAUCGCUUAGCUCGUCGUCUACAAUGAACACAGGUACGCCAACACCCUCAGCUUCUAGAAUCAACCUGUCGGGACCAUCAUUCAACCUCAACAAUUUUAACAAGCAAAGUGAUUACAAAGAGCAUCUUUUCUACAAAUGUGAAGUAUUGAAACAGAGACUACUCAAGAUAGAUGGCAUGAAACCUUAUAUGCACAUGGCUUUCCAAGCAGCCGAAAAAUUAAGUGAGCAACAAGCACUCAGCUUGGCACAAGAAAGAGAUUUGGCCAAUGGAGCUGGAGCAAGACUGGAAAUGGGCAUGGGUAUAGAUUUGGAACGAUUAUCGAUUCAAUCGAAUGCUUCCUCGUUGCUGCAGAGCAGCUCGAGCGUCCACCAGACCCAACCACUAAGCACUCAAAACACUCAACACAGUGCCAAUACAACUUUGCGCAACUCAAGUCAUAGCUACAAUGGAUUAGUGGUAAAUGAUACUCUCCUCACAUUUGCAGCCGGUGUGUUACCAGCUAACAUUAGUGUUGACCCAGUGACCCAGAUUUGGAAACUUUUCCAACAAGGUUCACCCUUGUGUCUCAUUUUCAAUCAUGUUAUGACAAACAAAGAGCAGCAAUUGACAAUAGUGACAUCUGACGAUUUAAGGAUUUGCAAAAAAUCAGUAUAUGACUUUCUCAGCGGGUGUAAACUAUUUUUGGAUUACAAAGAUGAUGAAUAUUUUACCAUAUCAGAUGUCUUUUCUAGCAACACCCAGGACUUGUUGAAAGUUAUCACAUUCAUCAAUAAAGUAUUGGAUAAUCAUUCAGCAAACCAAAGCAAAUCAGAUUUGACAUACGAUGGAAACAACGAGGAACAAGUCCUUCAAGAAGGUAAAGAGUUUAGUAAUUUAAAUGUACAAAUAACAGAUGAGAGAUCCAAAGUGUUUAGAGAAAUCAUUGAAACUGAAAGAAAGUAUGUUCUGGACUUGGAGCUAUUACUCACUUAUAGAAACAAAUUGCUCGAGGCCGAGGUGCUAUCACAAGAGCAAAUACAUAUGCUAUUCCCCAAUAUCACCGAGAUUGUCGAUUUCCAAAGAAGAUUUCUUAAUGGGUUGGAGAGUAAUAUCAAUGUCCCAGUAAAGUACCAAAGACUUGGUUCAGUAUUUAUCCAUGCCAGCUUGGGACCCUUCAAGGCAUAUGAGCCAUGGACGAUUGGACAACUUGCUGCAAAUGAUUUGAUCAUAAAGGAAGCAGCCAAUUUACGAAAAUCAUCAACAUUGAUCGACCCAGGAUUCGAACUUCAAUCUUUCAUCUUGAAACCAAUACAACGAUUGUGCAAAUAUCCAUUAUUGCUCAAGGAGUUGAUCAAACAUUCCCCAGAAGCCUCUUCGAAAUCAUCAGAUGCAAUCAAUGACCCAUCACAAUCAUCGAUAAACGAACUAUAUGUUGCAAGAACAGCCAUGAAGGAAGUUGCAAACCAGGUAAAUGAAGCACAAAGAAGAGCAGAAAAUGUCGAGUAUAUGCACAAGCUAAUGGAACGAGUCAAGGAUUGGAGAGGGUUCAAUCUCCGCGACCAAGGAGAAUUGCUUCAUCAUGGUGUAGUUGGUAUCAAGGAUUCCGAAGUUGAAAAAGAAUAUGUUGCUUAUUUGUUUGAGAAAAUUAUAUUUUUUUUUAUGGAAGUUGAACUGGAGCGCGAGAAGCUCGAGAAAAAACCAGAGAAGAAAUCCAAAUUUGGCUCUAGAAAGAAAUCUAGCUCUUCAGCGUCAUACUCAUCAUUGGGCACACCUCAUUCGUCAACUUCGAAUUUGUUAGAUUCAUUGAAUGGGAAAACUGAUAGGUCACUAACACCAUUAGAACUUCGUGGCAGAGUAUACAUUCGUGAAAUUUACAAUAUUUCCUCUUCACCAUCAUCAUCAUCGUCUACAUCAACAAACACAAGUACAAACACAAGCGCAAGUGCAAACACAUCGAGUCCCAAUGGGUAUACUUUGAUCAUAUCUUGGUCAGGCAAAAAAGAGAGUGGCUCAUUUACUUUGAAAUAUAGACUGGAAGAAACUCGUAAUCAAUGGGAACAGAGCUUACGUAACUUGUACACAAUGGAAAUGAACAAUAGUAUCAACAAAAAGUUGCGUGACUCGCAAUCUUCUUUUGCCACCAAUGACUCGACGAUUUAUGAAUAUACCGGAAACCCGAAUAAUACGGAAUCGCCACAACAGCUGUAUUUCAAUGGUAAUGGUGCCUCACAACAGCAACAGCAACAACCACGACAUUUUUCUUCGUCAUCUACACACUCGAUGAUGCACCAUAGACUAAGCCAUGGUAAUGCAAUGAACAAUAACACAGCUGCCACUACCUCUAACAACAACAAUGGUAAUAAUACUCAUGCAUCGCAAUAUCGUACCAAGUCUGGAGAUUUUUCGCGCCAUUCAUCAUCGUCAACAACGCUAUCGUAUAGCAAUUCCAAUGCAAACACGUCUACAGCUCUGUCUUCUGCUACUACUAUGACAACAACAACUGCAACUGCUGCAACAGGCUCAGGUGCAUCAACCGAAGAUAGUAUUUCAAUCAAGGUGAUUCACAAUACAAGCGAGUUGCCCGAACCACUAAUUGUUUCUCCGGGUAUAUCAUUUACCGAUCUUUAUUCUAAGAUCAACAAUUGGGUCUCGUCAAAAGGAGGAAAAGAGGAAGGGACAACAACCAUUAGCAAAAUUAGGUAUAAGGAUGAGGAUGGAGAUUUUGUAGUGAUGGAUUCGAACGAGGAUUGGAAUUUGGCGAUGGAUGAAAUGGAUGCACAACGAAGUUUGACUAUUUGGGUUAGUUAA